UUUCUUCAAAAAGGAGAAGAUCUUGCAAAUAUCAAAGGGAAGCAAAGAGGUUUCAAGAAUAAUUAAAGCCAGUCAAACUUUUGACUGUUGAUUUUUGUGUAAUCAAGAUCAAUGGCCGAUAGAAACGCUAGAAUUGAUGCUCAGCUGAGGAAUUUAGUCCGAGUGACUACGAAUUUAGCUAGAAGAGGUCCUUCGAAGAAGAAGUCUGUUGAUUGGUUUAAGAGGGUUAGUGAUAGUAAACCGCCUUCUUAUGAUGGGAAGGGUGAUCCUGUUAAGCUUGAGAACUGGGUUAGGGAUUUCGAGAAGCUAUUCGAUGCUAUCCAAUGUCCAGAUAAUAGGAAAGUAGCUAUAGCUGCAUAUUACCUCAAGGAGGAAGCUGACUUUUGGUGGUCGCAGCAUAAGGAGACGUUAAUGGCAAGGCCUGACUUUGAUUGGAAGGCUUUCGGAGUAGCUAUGAAGGAGAAAUUUUAUCCCAAUUUCUUGAGGAGGCAAAAGGCCACUGAGUUUGAUGAGUUGAAGCAAGGUGACAUGACUGUGGAGCAGUACUAUGAGAAUUUGUAGGAUUGAUGAAGUUUGCUCCCGAGUUAGUACCUACUGAGGAAAGAAAGGCAAUUAGGUUCGAGACUGGACUUAGUCUUGAGGUGAAGCUUGGGCUAGGAGGUUCAACUUUCAGGACCUUAGAGGAAGUGUAUGAUAGAGCUGCUCAUUUAGGUUCCUAUUUGAAACAAGCUGGAGCUGAGAGCUCGAACAAUAAGAGGAAGGAGAAUCCUAGUCAUAAUUUCCAGAGGAACGACAAGAAGUUCAAGCCUCAAAAUAACUUUCAUCAAGGAGGACAAUCUAGUGGCCAAAGGAAUGGAGGCCAGUAUCAGCCACAGAAGGGUGGAAAUGGUUCUAAUAAGGGAAAGAAAGGAGACGAACGCGUGUAUUUCUGCAAGAGGUGCCCAUACAAUCAUCCUGGAAAGGAUUGUGAAGGAAAGUUGGUGGAGUGUAACUACUGUCACAAAUUGGGUCACCGAGAGUAUGAGUGCUUCUCCAAGAACCCUGAGUUGAAGACUGAUAAAGGCAAGAACGGAAACCAGUUUGGUCAGGGCAAUCGAAACCAUUCAGGAGGCAACAAUUAUCAAGGUGGGAACAAGCAAAAUGGGAACAACAAGACGGUUUCGAGUGGAGCUGGUCCUAGUGUGCCUGCAGUGGCAAGGUUGAAUGUCAUAAGUGCUAGAGAAGCUGAGACGUCUAAGGACGUAGUUAUGGGUAAUGUUUCUAUUAAUUCCACUUUUGUUAAAGCUUUAUUUGAUUCAGGAGCCGAACGUUCGUUUGUUUCAAAGUUAGUUGUUUCAAAAUAUGGCUUAGGAAACCCUAGGAAUGUUGAAAUUCCUAUUAUGUUACCAUCUGGGGAAGUAGUAACUUGCUCAAGAGUAUAUGAAAACGUCCUUGUGAGAAUUGGGGAGGUAGACUUUGAAACCAACCUCAUAGAUUUCCAUUGGAAGACUUGGAGAUUAUUUUAGGAAUGGAUUGGCUUAAGGAGUAUAAAGCCGAGAUUCUUUGUGGAGAACAAAAAGUGAGAUUGAGGAAUAAGAAUGGGAAAAAGGUGACUUUCAAGACUAAACCACAAGAAGGUAGAAUUAAGAUCAUUUCAGCCCUAAGUUUGGUAAGGCAAGUGCAGAAGGGAGCUCCGUUAUUCUUGUGUAAUGUGCAGAGGUUGGAAGAAGAGAAGCUUAAGAUAGAGCAUGUGAAGGUGGUGAAUGAGUUUCCAGACGUAUUUCCGGAAGAUAUACCGGGAAUGCCACCUCAGAGGGAGUUAGAAUUCACCAUAGACUUAGUUCCUGGA